AUGACAAUGGUGUGGAAUGGAACAGAUCCACUCAAAACAAAUAUUACCGUUAACCAUUUUUCAUUUGACGGCGACAACAUUACAAUACAAUCAAAUUCUGGCAAUGCAGUUUCUUUCGAUAUUUUAGCUCUUACUUACGAUAAAUGCACUGGAGAGUUCUCGUCAAUAACAGUAAAUGAAAAUUAUUUCAAGGUAAACACCUUAUUCAAUCAUAUGGACAGUUCAGACUUCUGUCUAAUACCAUAUAAGAACAAAUAUGCAACAUCUUUAGUUUCUUCUACAAAUCCUUCUGCAAAUACAUACGUUUAUUCAAAUGGAACUUAUAUUCAAUUCAAUAAAGAAUUAAUUCAACCGAUAAACCCUUAUCAUUUAUUACUAAAUUCAACACAACCAGGAAUGAGUUGGACUAUUGAAGGAAAUAUGAGCUCAAGAGUAAAUCCAUUUGAUUAUAUUUGCGAUAUUCAAAAAGGAAGCAAAUAUUCUGAUGGCCGCUUAGUACCGAUGGGUUCAUACCAGAAUCUUAUUCAAUGCUCAGGCUCCCAGCCUAAUUACAUUUUAAGAUAUACAGCUUUGACAAUUUUAGGUGUUGCUAUGAUUAUAUUAAUCAUAUUCCUUAUCUGGAAAACAGUAAAGUGCAUCAAGGACCACCCGAGAGCGCACAACAGCAACUCCGUUUACCAGUCAAAUGACCCAAUAAGCGUAAAUCUUAAUGAACCUCUUGUAAAUACACCGGUUGAAAACUACGUUGACGACCAGGACAAGAAGGUCGUUUAUUUCAAGAGAAAAGCCAAUCAAUAA